AAAGACCCAAGUUCGGCCGAUUUUCAUAUUAUAUCCGAUUUAAUCGGGCGAACUUAGUUGGGGAAAGGUGGGCUUGGAGGAUGUGAAAGGCCGACUUGGCGCUCCCUCCGCCAAAAUAGCGAUGGCGCUAUUUACACAAUACUUUAAGACGACAUUUCAGAUCACUGUAAUUAUCAAUUGUCCUUCUCUACGGAUAAUCCCUGGCCUUCAUAUAAUGAGUUCAUCACAUGGGAAGAACAGAUUGACAUAGAAGUGAACGAUGGUGCAGCCUGAGCUACAUGACAUUGGUCGAAGCAGAGAGAGCCAUCGUUAAGGAACUGUGUCCACAAAAAGCGUUGCCCCCAAUGUCUUCACUAUCCCAUAUUUUCAGGCGUCCGUCAAGGUUCUCUCAUGACACAACAUUCCGGCCUCUCCCACAACCCUUGUCGUCUCAUCCUCGCAAUCAUAAUAGAAGGGAAAGGGAUUUCAGGCUCAUGAAACGCCCCUCGCGACUGAUGUAGUGUCAAUUAAUCGUGGAGAAGAAUAAGAGGACAAUGGGUCGCACAGAGCCAACAGUAGUGAAACCACCCGCAGCAUUCCGCCGCGACGCCCGCGCAAAGCGAGCCCGAGCCACCGUCAACAAGGUGAUUCCCGCGCUGCUAUCAGCGCAUCCGCGCGCACGUCGCGGCAUCGAGCGCUCCGAGCUCAUCGUGGACCCACCACGGCUCGGAAGAGACCAACUUGGAACCAACCUUCACGAAGGAAAGCCCGGCGAGGAAGGUCCUGGCUUAGAUGCUGCUGUUCAGGAUGGGCGCAAAGCGAGGGGUGGUGGACGGCGGAAGACGAACAGCGAGCCUAAGGCUAUCAUCACGAACGACACCAGCAACAGCCGGGUAAAGAAAGAAAGCGGCGAGGAUGAUGACGCCUCCAACGGUCUGCGCAUCACCUUGUGCGUGGGUGAUACCCUAGCCGCUGCACAUUCGCUCCUCAAUUCUUCAGGGCCAUCUCCUUCUUCUUUUCCGUCUACACAGCAGCAAGACCAUCAACAACGCAGUCACGACGAGCGUGUAAUAGGUAAGAGUGCCAGGCUGAAGAAAGUCGGCAUCCUAAACAUGGCCUCCCCGCUCUCGCCAGGCGGCGGCUUCCUCAACGGCGCAACAAGCCAGGAGGAGUCCCUAUGCAUGCGCACGACGCUCUUACCUGCCCUCCGCGACGAGUUCUACCGAUUACCUGAGCUCGGGGUGGUGUACACGCCUGAUGUGCUCGUGUUCCGGGCUCCUGCUGGCCUUUCUAAUGAUGUGAGCAGUACAGGAGGAGGAGAAGCGGGAGAUCUUAGCGAUGACCGCGAUAUCCUUCCUAAAACCGAGCGAUGGCACGUCGACGUCGUAAGCGCCGCUAUGCUCCGCCUCCCUGAGACGGAAGACGGCGCGUACGCGAAUCCGGCUGACCGCGAGCUCGUACUGCGCAAGAUGCGCGCUGUGUUACGCGUUUUCGCCGCGAAAGGGUGCGCGCGGAUCGUCCUUGGGGCGUGGGGAUGCGGUGCCUAUGGGAAUCCCGUUGCGGAGAUUGCGAGGGCGUGGAGGAGGGUUUUAGGGCCCGAGCAUGGUAUACCUGGACCUGAUGGAGAAGGGAAUGCGGAUAGAGAUGACGCACAAAGGCAGGAGAAUAGAGAGAAUAAGCGUAACGGGACGAACGACAAGAAAUCCCGAAGGAAGAAGAAGAAUGAUAAUCACGAGCCGUGGGGCACAUUCUUCGAAGAAGUCAUCUUCGCCGUCAAAGACGGAAAUCUAGCUACGUCUUUUGCGCGCGCGUUCGGCGAGGACGUUAUGCACUUGCCUCCUGCCUCAUUGUCCGGCGAUGAUCACGGUGACGGCUCUUUAUCUUCUACGGUGGGUGAUGAACUAGAUCCCGUGGAAGUAGCACGUGUAAGCGAACUCCGGGGGAAAAUAGCGCAGCUCGAGGCGCAGAUCGAGGAGACGAGGAGUCUGCAGAUGCGCGGUGGGCUGGAGAGCGUGCUGGCGAAUCUGAGGAGGCAGCUUCCUGGCGGCGAUGACGACAAUGAAGAAGGCUCUGUCGUUUCGGGGCAGGGAUCUUCCAGUGAGGGAGACGAGGUUGUGGUGACAGAUGUGUCAGAGUAGAGAUAAUAUUGUAUCGUAUCAAAGCUGGACGAGACAUUCAUUAAUGUCACGAUCAUGAUAAUGACGUUUAACGACUAGAAGUAUUCGAUAUGUCAUGAUGAUAUCCCGAUUCGAUAGGAGUGAGAUUAAAGCACGAGAAUAUGUAUUGAUUGUAGAGCAUCCAUGAUAUCACAAUUAGC